AUGGAGGACCAAGUACACAAGCCGCAUCGCAAGUCCAAGGACAGGAAGGAGAAGAAGCAGCACACGGGAGAGCGCAAUCCCAAGGCGUUCGCAUUCUCUAACCCGGGCAAGCUUCAACGACAAGCAGCGAGAUCGCAGGAUAUCAAGGAAAAGCGCCUCCAUGUUCCCCUCGUCGACCGACUGCCCGAUGAGGCCCCGCCUCGCCUCGUCACCAUCGUCGGCCCUCCCGGCGUAGGCAAGACGACUCUCCUCAAGUCGCUUGUCCGACGAUACGCCAAGGAGACGAUAACCGACCCUCAGGGCCCCAUUACCGUUGUCACGUCCAAGAAGCAGCGCCUGACGUUUGUCGAAUGCCCCAACGAGCUUGAGGCCAUGGUCGACAUCGCCAAGGUGGCCGACAUUGUCCUUCUUAUGAUUGACGGCAACUACGGCUUCGAGAUGGAGACUAUGGAGUUCCUCAACAUCCUCGCCGCCACGGGCAUGCCUGGAAAUGUGUUUGGCAUCCUGACCCAUCUCGACCUGUUCCGAAAGCCCCAGGCGCUCAAGGAUGCCAAGAAGAGGCUCAAGAAGAGACUGUGGACCGAGCUGUACCAGGGCGCGCAUCUCUUCUACCUCUCUGGUGUCAUGAAUGGACGAUACCCCGAUCGCGAAAUCCACAACCUGUCGCGUUUCCUCUCCGUCAUGAAGAACCCUCGUCCGCUUAUCUGGCGCAACUCGCACCCUUACACCAUUAUCGACAGUUUCCGAGAUAUAACGCAUCCCACCAAGAUCGAGGAGGAUCCCAAGUGUGACCGAUCGAUUGUCUUGUCUGGGUAUCUACGAGGCACAAAUUUUGCAUCGCAAGGCCAGCGGGUACACGUUCCUGGCUUGGGUGACUUUACAGUCUCCAACAUGGAGGUUCUGCCGGACCCCUGUCCAACUCCUGCUAUGGAGCAGGCACUCGCUAAGAUUACCGGCAAGACGGGACGACGAAGACUGGACGAGAAGGAGAAGAAGCUGCAUGCGCCCAUGUCGGAUCGUAGCGGCUUGAAGAUUGAGGGCGAUGCCAUCUGGAUCACACGAGAGAAGGGCUUCACUUUUGACAAGGACGAUGAAAAUGCUGAGAGAGGAGAGGGCGAGGAGAUGAUUGUCGGUCUGCAGGCUGAGCGGAAACUCUUGGGUCAGAUGGAGGGUGGUGUACAACUCUUCAAGGGCGGUGGCCAGGUUGAGGCAGUGCCCGAAGAGGAGGAUACAGGACGUAAAACACAGCGCAAGGCUCGAUUCGCAGAGCGCGAUGAGUCGGACGAUGAGGAGAAUGAGGACGACGAGGGCUUUGUCAGCGGCGACGAUGAGGACGACUCAGAUGCCGAGGUCGAGUUCAACGAAGGCAAGCUGGGCAAGAUGUUCCGCAAGGAUGCCGAUAAGAACGUCGAUGAGGAUGAUCUUGCGUUUGCCGACAGCGACUCAGAUCUUGGCUCAAUGUCUGAAGCCGAGGAAGUGGACGAUGACGAGGAGUACGACUCGGACGAAGAAGCCGCAGCCCUACGGUGGAAGGACAACCUAACAGGCAACGCCCUGAAGCUUCACGGCAAGCGACGCACAUACCACACGGGCGACCUGGCCAGGCUCAUGUACGACGACUCAAUGACCCCUGAGGACGCGCUGAAGCGGUGGAGGGGUGACGAGGACGAGUCGGAAGAGGAGAACAUCGAGGAUGAUGACGAUGACGAUUUCUUCAAGAAGUCAAAACAGGAAAAAGAGGAUUCUGUUGAGGACAGGUCAAUACCCCUUUACGACUACGAGGACCUCGCCGCAAAGUGGGCAGAGGAGAGGAACGUCGAGGCCCUGCGUCGCAAGUUCACAUCAGCAGCCCUCGCCGCGGGAGACGAUGAGGACGAUGAUGAUGACGACGAUAUGGAGGGCGGAGAGGACUCGGACGACGAAGGCGACGGCGUGUUUGAGGAUCUCGAGGCCGAAGAGCAAGACGAGGAGGAGCAGAAGCCAGAUACCGCCGACGACAUCGAAGCCGAGCGAGAAAAGAACGCCAAGCGAAAGGAGGAGCUCAAGAUGCGGUUCGAGGAGGAGGACCGAGAAGGCUUCCUCAACGACAAGGCCAAGGCCCGCAAGGAAGGGGGCGACAUCCAGGAGUUUGGCGAGGACGAGUGGUACGAGGCGCAAAAGGCAAUGAUCCAGAAGCAGCUCGACAUCAACAAGGACGAGUUCUCCAACCUCGACGAGAGGCAGCGAACCGCCGUCGAGGGCUACCGCGCCGGCAAGUACGCCAAGAUCAUCCUCGAGAACGUCCCCGCAGAGUUCGUCUCCAUGUUUGACGCCCGCCGUCCUAUCGUUGUUGGCGGUCUGUCUCCCACGGAGGACCGCUUCGGCUUCCUCCAGGUCCGCAUCAAGAGGCACCGCUGGCACAAGCGUAUCCUCAAGUCAAACGACCCCCUCAUCUUCUCGCUCGGCUGGCGACGCUUCCAGACCAUGCCCAUCUACAGCACCACCGACUCGCGGACGCGAAACCGCAUGCUCAAGUACACACCUGAGCACAUGCACUGCUUCGGUACCAUCUACGGGCCCCUGAUCGCCCCCAACUCGGGCUUCGUCUGCUUCAACUCCCUCUCCGGGUCCACGGCCGGCUUCCGUAUCGCAGCCACCGGUACUAUCCUCAGCGUCGACGAGUCGACUGAGAUCGUCAAGAAGCUCAAGCUCACGGGUACACCCGCCAAGAUCUACAAGAACACGGCCUUUAUCAAGGACAUGUUCAACUCGUCGCUCGAAAUUGCCAAGUUUGAAGGCGCCUCCAUCAAGACCGUGUCAGGCAUCCGCGGUCAGAUCAAGCGCGCCCUGUCCAAGCCCGAGGGCCACUUCCGUGCCACCUUCGAGGACAAGAUCCUCCUCAGCGACAUCGUCUUCCUGCGCGCCUGGUACCCAGUCAAGCCGCACCGCUUCUACAACCCCGUCACCAACCUCAUCGGCUGGCAGCCCAUGCGCUUGACGGGUGAGGUCCGCCGCGCCCAAGGCGUCGCCACCCCUCAGCUCAAGAACAGCCAGUACCGGUCCAUCGAGCGCGAGACCCGUCACUUCAACCCUCUGCGCGUGCCCCGAGCCCUAGCUGCCGAGCUGCCCUUCAAGUCCCAGAUCGUCGAGACCAAGAAGCAGAAGCGCGACACCUACAUGAAGAAGCGCGCCGUCAUCAUGGCCCCCGGCUCCGAGGAGAAGAAGGCCCGCGCCCUCAUGCAACAGAUGCUCACCAUCCGCAACGACGCCGCCGCCAAGCGCCGCGCCAAGAAGGAGGAGAACCGCGCCGCCUUCCAGAAGAAGCUGGCCGACAAUGAGGAGAAGAAGGAGGCCCGCGAGAAGCGCGAGACCAAGGAGUUCUGGCGCAAGAAUGGCCGGAAGCGCGCUGCUGGCGAAGAUGGAGGAGGUGGCAAGCGAAGGAAGUAA